CAAAAAUUGGAGGAUCAAAGUGUUCGACAUUACGCUUGCAUACUUUCAAUUAUUAUUUUCUGAUUUAAACUAUCGAAAACAAACUGGGCUGAAAAAUUUCGGAAUUUUUGUAAACUUGAGAAUUAAAAUGUGA